GACCGCAAGAAGGAUCUUGUAAAACUUCAAGCUGGAGAGUACGUCUCUUUGGGCAAAGUUGAGUCAGCGCUGAAGAACUGCUCUUUCGUUGACAACAUCUGCGCUUACGCAAACAGUGACCAGAACUACGUUAUCAGCUUCAUUGUUCCUAAUCAGAAGAAACUGACAGCUCUUGCCAAUCAGAAAGGCAUUGAAGGCACGUGGGAAGAAAUCUGUAACCACCCAGUUAUGGAAAGGGAAGUUCUGAGAGAAAUUAAAGAAGUCGCAAAUUCAAUUAAACUCCAGCGCUUCGAGAUUCCUGUUAUGGUCCAUUUGAGUCCGGAGCCGUGGACACCUGAAACCGGCCUGGUGACAGAUGCAUUCAAACUGAAGAGGAAAGAGCUAAAGAACCACUAUCUCAACGACAUCGAAAGAAUGUAUGGCCACAAGUAGGACCUCUAUAACAGCAGCCAAAGACAUCUUCAUCAGCUCCUCGCCAUGCAACAUUGCUGUAUAUCAAUAAAUGUAAAACAAACAUUUGCCACAAUUUUCACCACCGCCCACUGCUUAGUGACGCACACAGCUCUCAAUUGCUGUUGAUCUGUGUACAUUUUUUACUCCUGAGCAUUGUGGGCUUUGUAGUCUCUCUGCUGUGAAAUAGUUUACAAUUAAAGUUGUAGCUGAUUAGAUGGGGAUGUUGUUGGGUAAGGGAUGAUUUUAAUGAGUUGUUUCUCCUUUUAGCACACUCUUGUAAAAAGAACUUCAACCAUACAACAGCGAUGUACUGCCAUCACCUGUGCUCAUUUCAAUACGUGUGAAUCUUUCGUUCACUUGCUUUGUUUGAUAGCAUUUGUACACUGAAUCCGCUAGCCGAGGUGAAGUCUUUGCACUGCAAAACUAAUAUAUAGUGAUGUUUCUGUGCCUUCUGAUUGGUCACUGUAUUAAACGUUAAUUCCCUACUGACUAUAAGUUAGAAGUAGAUUCCUGUGCUUCACCCAUGCAGUGCAUUAAUAGUCGUUAUUUACUUGAGAUUUCUUUUUAAAGCAAGUUUUUCUCACUGGACUACAAUGUUCUGAGUUCUAGUUUUAGGAAUUCACACAUUUACUAGUCAGUCUUACUCUUACUCAUGGAGUGACUCAGGAUGUUUCAGAUGACUGGCAGGUGGUUUGUUUGCUAGUAUUUUAGAUGUUAGUUAGAUUGAAAUUGAAUGAAGGGAACAUUUUUUUAUGAACAAAUUCCUUCUUAAGCCACAGAUGUAAAGUUUGUAUUACAUCUGUCUAAUCUCUUCACGUCUGAUCUUUUUUAAAAACCACUCAGUUUAGCGAUUGUCACAAGCUUUUUUUUGUUGAAUAUUCCACUUUUGCAGGCUUUUAAUAAUAUUUGGUAAUACGUCAACAUGUCAGAUUGCAAUGCUUUGUGUAUGAAGUUGAAAAGACAGGAAAAAAAAGUAAUUGUUUGAAAAAAGAAACAUUAGAAAAUGAAUUUUUCUCCCUCUAUAAAUAUAAAGCAAGUGAGGUUGAGCUUUUGUCCGUCAGUUUAUAUUGUAUACUGUAUUUUAAUUUAUUUGGUCAAAACUACAUUUCAUUUGAACCCUUGUUUAAUUUAUUUGAUUCUAAAGGGGUGUGAUCUGUAUAAACACUGUAAUUUCUUACAUUUUGGAUUACCAAAUGUUUCAUUCUGGGAUGUGCGUUUUAUUUAUGAUGAUUUUGUCAUUUGCACUAUUAUUUGUGUUCAGGGAUUUUUAGCCAUUGUUAAAUUAACAGCCAUCAAAUUCAACCAAUUCAGCAGAUAUUUUCCCCUCAAGACCCUCAGGGUUACCGUCACCAUAAGCAAGAAUAUACAGCAGUCAAGUGUUUGCGUUGAGAAAUUGUGAAUUUGCUUGUAGAAUGUUCUAUGAUGCUUAUUUAUUAUUUUUAUUGUGUGUUGCUGUAUGUAUUAUGUGCUGAGGACAAGUAAAAUCAUUUUGUACUCAAA